UCUGCUUCUGCUUCCGACUCCGACAAUCUGGUUUUCACUAGAUCAUAAGUGGAAUUUAAGCGACAGAGUUAUAAGUGGAGUCGGAGGAACAAAAUUUGUUAAUGGAAACGUUCUGAUUCUUCUGACGUGUUUUGACUCCGAUUCCGUAAUGCUUUUGACUCCAUGCACUCACGACUCCGAUUUUUGAUUUUCACUAGGUCAUUUCGCUCUUAUGACUCCGUUUGCAACUCUGACUCCGAAUCCGUCACUUGUACUAGUGACAAUCAGCCUUGUAGGGUCUUUGGGACGGAAAGUCAGUAUAUUUGCCCAUUCAGGAACUGCUUAGGGCUGUGCAUAAAGAACUCUCCUUGGGAUUUUAUGCACAUGCCAAAAAUGGUAAUGAAUGCUACAAAUAUUCUUGAGAAGAAAGGUAUCUUUGGUAGGGAUACAUUGCACAGGUUUUUAGGCCCUUUUUGUCUCCUUCGUGUGAUGAUGAAGUUCUUGAAAUGAAAAAAGGUUUUAAAAACGCCCCACCCCACCCACAUAGUGUCAUAUUGCUCCACCUAAUAACAAUGACUGUUGACAAUUUCUUGUCCCCACAGCAGGGCUCAUCAACAAGUCAAAUACUAGGGGGUGUUUAUUUCAUAGUCUCCUGUUGAAAGUUUCUGUCUUGCAAAGCUGGGUGGAAAUACCGAUACUUCAUACCCGGCCCAGCUUUGUUUGUUUAAUUGUUUAAAAUGUUAGUUUAUGGUGACAUGUCAGUGAAAAAUGGAGGAAACCAAACUGGAAAAACUGAAAACCAUACUGGGUACCAGUCCAAAAACCCACUUAUAUCAAUUUUAGCCUAAAAACAAAAACCAAAUCCUAAAAAAAGGAAAAACUGAAGAGGACAACAGGUACAAUUUGUAGCAAAACUGAGUUUAAGCCAACCUUGAUUGAAAAGUGCCAAAAUGUUGUCAAAUAAUUUACUUCAUGCACAUUUGCAUUAAAUUUCUUUUUGUUACUUACUCUUCAUAAGGAUAAUUAUGAAAUCAAGGAGCACAGAAGCAUGGAGGAUCGUUUACAGGCGGCCCAGAUGUUAGCAUCGCUAGACCCCUUGGUACCUAUUGUUGUUGAUCCUCUUGAUAAUCAAGCUCUUACUGCAUAUGCGUCCUUUCCUGAGAGGCUUUAUAUUGUACAAGAUGGUAGAAUAGCAUAUGAGGGACGUGUUGGACCUGUGGGAUAUGAUCUCAAGGAGCUUCGACAUUGGUUAAAUGGUUGGAAAGGACAGCUAAAUGUCAGUCCAUAGUCAUCUAAUUGUAACAAUGCAGGUCAAAAUGUCAGUGAAAUAAUUUGAACAUGCCUUCUACAUACAUUAGUGUCGUAAACUGCUGCUUAUAAGCCCCAGUGGGCUUAUAUAUCUUUUUAAGGGGCCUUAGGAGGGCUUAUAAACACAGGCGCUUUAGUAUCCGAGGGAGCUUAUAACUUGAAUAGAAAAAGCACUUCAAGACAAUAAGCUUUAGCAAUGCUGAUCAAAAUAAGGUUUGCAUUUAACUUUUGUUACUGGUUUUUAAUUAAGCUUCAAAGCUGUUCAUAAUAGAUGGAAUUCAUUUUAGUACAUUUGUGAGGGGGCCUAUGUCCGAGCUGCUUAUUAUCAGAUGUUUAAUUUUAUUGUUUACAGGUUUACAGGUCUAUAACUGAGGGGGCUUACAAGUGGAAGGGGGCUUCUAAGCAGCAGUUUAUUGUAUUUCCCUACCCCUGGUGUACUCCCCUAAGCAAGCUGUAAAAGCUUUAAGACAGAAUCCAUCAGGAAAUCGAGUAAUUUUAAUUUUCAGUGGACAAAAACCUUGUACCAGAAUAAUUUAAACAAUAUUGAAUUCUUUUUUACAUUUUUCAAGGGCUAUAGAUGUAAUUAGCUGUCUGCAAUAACACCAAAGAAUAUUUGCUUAUGAGAACCCAAGAAAAUAACUGUCAAAUUUCACAAAAUGACAUCUUACAAAUGACAUUAGACAUCACCUGUGUUUUCACUUUUCUUGUGAAAUUUGACAUUUUCUUGGCCUCCCAUGAGAAAUAGUCUUUGGUGUUAUUACAGAUAGCUAAUUACAUCCAUAGCCCUUGAAAAAUGUAAAAAAGGAUGCAAUAUUGUUUAAACUAUUUUGGUUUGUCUACUGAAAAUUGAAAUUACUCAAUUUCCCGAUGGAUUCCGUCUUAAACUAUUGGUGGUGGAGUACAUUGUGUCGUUGAUGUUCAGGGAUGUUUUUAAGGAAGUUUAGUAUAGGAUGUGGUUUAAGGAAAUCAGAGAGUUAAUAGUCUAGGGUAUAAAAUUAAUUUCUUGAAACUCCAGACUAGAAAGGGAACCAAAAGUUAAAUAGAGGGCAGGUUGAGUAUGAAUUUUUAGCAUCCGGUUUGAAAAGGACAGUGAGUGGAGUGUCAGCUUAAGUUGCUCAGUCUUACAUCCACCGGGUGAUGAACCCGAUAAAGCUUAUGUUUUACAUACACCUAACAGUGGCGGAUCCAGGGGAGGGGCCCAGGGGGCCUAUUUUUAGAUCAAACUGAGGCCCGAAGGGCCGAAAAAUAUUUGGGGGGGGACCGCCUCCCCCCAUCAUCUCAAGGUCUAGAUCCAGCACUGCCUAAGCAUGGGGAAAGGUGACCUAGAAAGCCAAAAGCGCCCUAUGGUAUCUAAAAUUACAUGCAGCAUCUAACUUUCCUCUUCCUUGGUUCCAUUUGUGAGUACAGUACCUUUGAUCCUCCAUUUGAUGGCCACCCUUGGGUUAACAGGCAAGUGGCCGAUUUAUAAUUGUCCCACAUGCUACAUUUAAAAGCCACAAUUGAUGUGCACCCCUUAUAUCACUUAUAUCAAUUUUUUGUACUGUAAACCAUGAAGGCAAUGAUGUAUCAUUUUCUUGUCUGAUUCUUCUUAUGACAACUGAAGGAUAAACUCAUGCAGAAGGCCUUUCAGUUUGAUACCCAAGUGCCGGACAGGAGAGAGAAUAUGUCUUUACACAGCUUUACAUACAUCGUUGGUGGUUUCAAUAAAAAUGGUACCCUAAUACUUUUGGACGAAGUUGACAAUUGAUGUCUGUUAGAAAUACUCUGGAUAAUCUGUUGUUUGUGCUUCUCAAUUCCUACAUUUUAACUGUCUCAUUUCCUUGCCCUGUUUUAUCUCGAGUAAUGUUGUGGCAUAUUGCAAAAAGCUUUCUUACAUGUAUCUCCUUCCUUAACUGCGACUAUAAUAUUGUUAAACUUUACAAAACUAAUGUUUGAAGCAUCUUUGCUUCAUUUUGCUUUUCUCGCCUGGGGAGGGGAGUCAGCACUUCCUCAUUUGGCCCAAACGGGUAUGUACCGCUGAACAAGGUGUGGUUUCCUGGAUCUUGAGUCUUAAACAGUGUAAUACAACUUCACCAUUUAGCAUCUAUGUCAUCUAGAAAAGGUUUUCUUUCUGCACUAGAAGCCUUGGACAAAGUGUAAAAGGUAAAGGUGCCAGCACUAUGUCAGCACUUAUUGGGGGAUCACUGGGGAGGGUUUCUGAAGAAAUUUUGAAUGGUUUUAAGCCCAUGUAAUGCAUGUACAGUUUUUAGAGAGAGAGAGAGAGAGAGAAAAGGUCACCCUUCUAUAUGACGUACAUAUAAAAUGGCACCUUUAAUAGACACACCUUAGCCUGCAGAUUUGUUUUUUUUGAAUGGAAGAGGGGGGCUUAUUAUUCAACAAGGCGUAAAAAGCGCUCUCAUUCCCUUUGAAACACGUUCUUUGCUUGAAAGUGAGCCACACCUGUGCACAUGGGACUGGUGUAUAUUAAUUAGAAGCCUCGUGCGAGUGAGCGGAGAGGCCUUGGAACGAAUUUGACGUGUGUUGGCGAGGCCAUGCCUCGAGGACUCUCAAAUGGGCAUUGGCCGUCCGGCCGGCCGGCUCCGUUCCAAGAAUCCCGCUGUGCUCGAGAUAAACCCUCUGGCCUCAUGGUGUUAAAGCGCUGUAGUUGUCACCGCGAAAGAGAUUUCGAGGUAAUAUUUCAGUGGGCUGAAAUGUGGGAUUUCAGCGAAAUUAAAGGUAGGAAAUUAAGUUUGUACCCAUCUAUCAUGACCCUCUUAUCACCCCACUCUGACACACGAAACGUCAGUGACUGAUUAUAGCGACUUUCGAGUGUUUUUUAGAACACAUUUUUUGGAAUUCAUCAAAGAAUACUAAAUAAGUAUAACAAAAAUGUAGCUCAUCGUUGGCGGGUUUAUCGCUAUAGUUAAUUUGGACUGUAAGAGACUAAAAGGGCAAAAAAUGCCAAGAAAAACUUCACCCGAAAAAAAGAUAAUUUUCUAGGGAGCAACGCUAAGGGAGAAGCGUAAGUGUACCACUACAUUGAACGCGCCUGUCCUUGUGUCCAUUUAUGCCGUUCUCAACUAGUCAAAUUAUUGUGUUCCUUAUCUUUAAAGAUUGCAAAUUAAUUGGGAGCAAACCAACCCUCGCAAAGUGGUGACGAAACGUACAAGUAAACAUCGUGGUUGACAAAUAUCCCGUUCGACAGGGAAGCUCUGCUUCUUCGAAGAAUUCGAAAGUGCACUCUGGCACUCAGAGAUCAUUCCAAACUAUUAAACUAGUGGAUUUUCCUGAUUCAUCCACUUUAGUCGUCGGUGAAAAAGUAUAUUUCGCACUUGAAGUGCUUUCAGGUGUUUCAGGCGAAAAGUCUCAGUGCUGCCCACUUGGCGAACAUUUCGAAAUGAUUGACCUCCUUCUGGUAUGACGGAAUCGAACGUUCCAAUCCGUUGACUGAAAAUUCAUCAGUGUCAAGAGGGUGAUGUAAGGAUUGUGUUCAGCCAAAAUAACUUUGAUAUUCUUCUCCCUCAUGACUGAUCCGUGAAAGGUGUAUUGUUACCCUCAUAAAAACAAAAACAACUAGAAACUGGAAAAAUACUGGCAUGGAUCUCUGAAAAGGUUAAUUUCGUGAAAAUAAAUAGACAGCUUUACAGGAAUGAACGUGGUUGCAGUAAGUCGGUAACAUUCACUUUUACACGUACUGGGUUCAGAAAGAAUAGUGUCUAUCCGUUUUCCUAGCUGGUUACCCUUUUUAUGCCUUUUAAGGAAAAGAGCUCUUAGAGCGUCUUGCAGCGUCCAGUUUCUCCUUGAAAAUAUCAUUGCGUAAUCAAACACAGCUUAAGAGCGAUGAAAGAAAAGAUCAGUGAGCUAGAGUGAAAAAGAGGUCUUAGUUGACUAGCCAAUUCUGUUCAUCUCCAGUUUUAAAUGAAUAUAGAGAGCUCCUUGGAGAAUAAACAGGCUUGAAAGGACGUAGAGGGUUAACCUUUAGAUUACGAGAUAAUGGAGAACUGCGAGCACGAGACAAUUUAUUUGUAACCCACAUUUUCCUCCAGUUUGAUUUGUUAUCGGGUCAGGAACAGAGCAGGGCGCUUACCGCUUGUCAGAACUGACCGGCAAGCCCAUUCGUGUCGUGAUGAGAAUUUCACUUUAAUUAAUACCAUCCAGCAAAAUCAGUCAAAUCCUAAACAGCAUGCACGAAGGAGCUGGUUUUCCCACAAACUCCGAUCUUGGAAAAAGCUUAUUUCGAAAAAACAAAAAAAAAGCUUCAAAAAAGCUUAUUUCGAAAUGACUGUUCGGGCCACAGUCCAGCCGGCCACUUCUGACUUGAGGAAAGUGCCCAAAGAGUGGAGGUUUCUGAGACUAAAACUGGCUUAAAAAUCGAAAGUCGUAGUAAAGAAAAGGCCCUUUUUGACGAGGGGCUUAUAUUCAGAGGGGCUUAACUACGAAGGGAGAUUUGCGUUUCGGAAUCGAUUGGGCUAGCCUUAUAGAUAGAAGUAAAUUUACCGUUUUUGCUAUGUUUUACUUUGUAUUUGAGGGUAGUUUUCCAAGUACAAGCCCCGGGGGGCUUAUAUUUGGAGGGGCGAUUUAACGGAGGGUUUUUUGCGUUACCGGUUUAGGGGGCUUAUAUUUGGAGGGGCUUAUACAUGGCGGAGCUUAUUUUCGGAAUUUUACGGUAUCUUGACUCAGAGCUCAAAGGCCCAAAUUCUAGUUGAACCGAUCCCCAUCUUGCAGACUUUUCCAUCAUAAUUAGGUGGAAACUGCAAUCUCUGACUUUCGAUUAUGGGCAUUUAAUUCUUUUAGUUCUUGAGCUAUUGAGGUACCAAACAUCGUAUACAAUCAUCACGUAACCUGUAGUCUACGGGUCUUGAGGAGAAAAAGUUUAACCGCAUGUAGGCAAGUCAUGUAAUCGCAGCCGUCUCAUGAUUUAUUCAGCAUUCAAUUACUCAGCUCAGCGGCAUAAAUCGCAACAAUCCAAGUUUACCAAAAGACUCCAAUUAUACCAUCAAAAAUAGUAGGCAGUAAGACUUUUUUAACUUAUUCUCUUUUGGCCAUGACGCACUUCCUAUUCACGUCCACACGCAUAUAUAAUAUGGCAUAAUAUGCCCUCUUUUCGAAAAUCGUACUGUUUGAAGAAGAUUUGUCAGGCUGUCGACCACCUCACAGACCUCAGUUCAUGAUUUCCGUUAUUGUUGAAAAUUUUCCAGUCUACUCAGCAAGACUAGCAAAGGUGACACUUAAAAAGUGGUUCUUCCUGGGUUUUACGUGCCCUUUGAGGUUUUUACUUAGCAGAUUACACACAACAAAGCGAAUUCAUUCUCAUGUUCAAAUGGAAUCCAACUUCGAACCAAAAACGCAGAUCGUGGAAGUUAAGUUUUUGCGUUCUGAGGAUAAUUUCUGUGAGUGCUGAGUCCUUAACAGGCCGCGAUGCUGCCAUCAAUGAAAACUUGCCUUGCAAAAAUCGCGAUCGUGCCUCGAACUAAAUUCUACUUAACCUCAACAACGGAAAGCAUUAAUAAGUUAUUCCUGUUACCUUUUAUUAACUCUAAAAAAACGCCUUGGCCAACGCAUACUUAGAAGUCAAACACGUUCGUCAAGUAUCCUAUGUUUUGAAUGCUCCUGCUGCCGUGGGAUUUGCGGAUGAUAGUACAUGAAAAACCUAACUAAAGCAAGGAUCUCGGAAAUGUAAAUUGAUGCCUUGACUUAAGCUUCUGUUCGAGUUUUCCUGUUUUCCCAAGAACUGCUAGAGAUUGGAAUCAGCUCCUCCCCGAUAUACCUCGCAUUUUUGAAGAAUUUAAGAACUACAAUACCUUAGUUCAGGAGCUUAUAACCCUACUUAGUUAAAUGUUUUUAUUUUCAUUCUACUCAUUGUUGCAUGUAAUUUUUACUGUUAUAUGUUGUAAGUGGUUGGUGUGUUGCCUAACUGGCUUUUACCAACCUAAGCGAGAUGAUGAUGACGAUUACACUCAAGAAGACUGGGCUACCUGUGGUCGCCUGUGGUCUCCUGGCCCGUUCCUCACUGUCGGGCAUUUGAUAGAACCAGCUAACACUGACAAAUGGACCCGAUCUGUUUUGUCUGAUCCUUUAAGCAAAGUUUAUCGCAAAAAUGAUGUGACAAAUUUGUUUUGAGAUGCCAUGUCUGCAUCCCAAAGGAACAAAAGAUCAUUAUUUAAAGAACUACCAAAAAAAAAAGCGAAAUCGUUUUGUUACUAGAGCAUUUACUGAACUCAAAAUGCUUUCAAUAACAGCCCAAUUUUGAAAGCUCUCGCUCAAGAAUAACCUUUUUGGCAGCGAAAUUUUGUAUGGUGAAGAGAUUGGCUACGUGAUUUGUCUUAAGUAGAGUAUCUAUUCCAGCCAUUGUUUUUCCUAUAUUUAGUACAAACAAACACUGCUGAAAGGCUGUUUGAUCAGCAGAAAAAGCCUGCAAGGUUUCUGAAAUCCCCGCCCGGGGACUUCACUCAUCCGGGGCGUUACUCCCUUAAUUAUAGUUUCCUUAUAGGUAUGCGCCGCCCCAGAGGGUAUGUUUUUUGGCGCCGUUGUGGUCUGAAAACGGGAACAGCCUUUGCCUAUUUUGGUCUGAACUUGGUCUAGAUUAUUCCUCUUCAUUGAGUUUUUUCGGGGUCACUAUUUGCAGCAAAAACUGGUAGCUUCCACAAAACAAUCAACCAUGUGACUCCGACUAACCAUAACAUUUUUCGGUGGUUUUACAGUGUAGAUUCAUCAAAUCAGUGUUCAGUCAGUUUAGAUGACAUUGUCAGUUCAGGCGUUUGCAGAAUUCUCGAGAUUAAACUGUUCUCAAAAAUUUGCCACUUUUGGGCCGGUUUUCGUGCGUUAACUGCUGUGAGUUGUUGUUUGUCGUCUUUUUUCUCGGUUGCUUUGUUGUUUAUUUGUUCCGUGGCACUUCAUCACAGUAAUUGUUUACAGACCUUUGUUUUCCUUUCUCUAAAUGGUAAUUUAAACAUACAUCUUAAUAGCAGAAAAUACCACCACAAGUCAUUGCCCACUUCUACAUACAACUGCAGCUCAAGUUCGCUAAUCAUUAUAUUAAGACAUUGAUAAUACUUGAAUUUUAAAGUUAUCUUAAUUGCAUUCAACAUGCUGCGGUGGUCACUCCUUUUCGAUUAGCGUUUUUUUUCACAGCUUUGUUUCAAUUGUCAUCAACUGCAGAUUCGACAAGUACCCAAAAUUCCUAACGUACUUCAAGGUGUUCGUUGACCUUAUUGCUUUAUCUCUCUUAGUUGUGAGGAUAUCAAAAGUUCUUGUGAGUUGAAAAAUAUGUUUAUACAAAAAAUGGCGGAAGAGCUGCUCGACAGCUAUCUCGAGCUAUUACUUUCUUCAGAGAGAUCAUACCUCAUGUUCUUAUCUUGUCUAUCUGCAGCGGAGAUCUCAGGUGCCUGGGCGGAGAGUAAGACGUCUUCAGACAUAGAUAAGCGGAGUGGUGGCUGGCCGAGAAGCAAAUUGAGUUUGUGUGCUCUUUGUCUUUCUUUCUUUCUUAAUUCUUUUCUUUUUCUUUUCCUUCCUACUUUUAGCAUUUUUUCUCCUUUACCCGCUUUACCUUCACCUUUAUUAAGUUAGUAAAGCCGGUUCGGCAUCACACUAACUGUUAAAAAAAUGCAUAUUAAUGACUUGGCUGGCUCCAACAAUUAAGGGAGGUGCGAAGAGACACGGAAAGGCCGAAAGGAGGCAGAAAGCAGUUCACCGCUUCACUCGAUUUGUGGAUUACGAAUUAAUGUUUGACUCGAGGCGUUCAUUUAGUCUCGUGAUCUGAUUCGUUCACCGUAUUAAAAAUCCCUAGAAUUAUUGCUAGCCCGACUUUACGUUCAGCGAGCGUUUUUCCCCUUCUAGCGUUACCGUAAAGAGUGAACCUUGAUUUGAGUAUAGCCAAGUAGCUCAGGUUAUAUAGAAGACUGUUUAAACUUCACAAGUUUUCCUACUUUCACUGCGCUUCACUAGAAAUGAGAAGUGAGUAAAGAACCGUUUCAGUUUAUUUUGGAAACGAGGUAUGGAUGAUUUGUCAAGUAUUCGUGUAUCAACUGUGUUUCAAUUUUAGCCUUGCUUUAAUAGCAGUAAUAAAUGGACCGGCAAAUUAAAUCGAUUGCUUGCUCAAAUUGGCGCCAAAAAAGGCGCGGCAGAGAUGCGCGCAUGCUUUCCUGUUGAAUUUUUUUCUUUGCGCCAUUUUCCAUAAAUUAAACUCCGCAUAAUUAUGUCAUUCCGCAAGCCAUACCACAUGCCAUUCAGCAAACUCAUUCCGCCUCUUACACUCACCAGCAGUAGUCUCUGAAAAUAAGAGAAAGAGAACGUGUCUAAUUGACACACUUUUAAAAGAAUGUGUGGAGCGCAAACUGUUAACUAAAAAAACCAUUAAGACCCUGUUUACAUGGAGUAGGGGACCCCGGUCUAGUGGGGUAGGUUUCUUUUGUUUUGUGUCCUCCAGAGCGUGAAAACAAAAGAAACCAACCCCACUAGACCGGGGUCCCCCAGGCCAUGUAAACAGGCCCUAACAUACGCCUAUAACCAGACCCUGUGGUGGUUGCCUUAGGGCCUUGCAUGAUUGAUUCUUUAUUGAAACUAGGAAGCGGUGACCUAGAUCUUUUCACGCCAGUAGCGAUCUACGAGUCUUUUGUUAGUUUCCUUGUUCGCGGUAUUUAUAAAUUUAAGGGCGUGUAUAAACCUGAGAAAGAAAAAAGUAAACGAGAUGAUUCCGUGACAUGCACUAAGACACAACUGUCCGACUCAACAAGUGAUUUGUAAAUAUCCAAAGUAUGUUUAUAGUCCAAUUAUUCCACAAGGGGGUUAUCAAUUUUUGUGAUGACGUACAAUUAGGCCAGUCAUUUGUAACGAGCUAAUCUAUCGGAUAGUGCUUUUGUUUGCGUACUCAAUCCUGAAAAGCUGCCGGAUCAGUGUUGCCAGCUAGCUAUUGUUGUUACAAUGCCUCUUUUGGCCGAGUUGCUUCAAAGCGUCCUUGUGGGCUUAACAGUCGUAAAAUGUACAGUUAUCGUUGGCCUUUUGAGAAUCGCCUCCUCACUUCCUUUCCUCAAGGAAAGACUCCAAGAGUUCGAGGAACAGCAUAAUCUAGUCCCUUACCAAAACUUCUGGGACGAUUACGGUGGGAAAAAAAUGCUGGCAGUUGUUUUAAAAAUUUUUCUCGGGGAUUUAAACAAGACCGCUGUACUUGGUUCGUCCGCCCCAAACUGCAAGUUAGUCACCACAGACGAAAAACCUUGUAAGCUACUGGAUUUCGCACGAGGAACUCGACCGCUCAUUGUUAACUUUGGCAGUCGAAGCUGACCACCUUUCUUGUUUAAUUUCCUGAACAACUUCACAAACGUUGUUCGGGGAUUUCAAGAUGUGGCAGACUUUGUUAUUGUGUACAUCUGCGAAGCACAUCCUACAGAUGAAUGGCGGUGGAAUGUAAGUUUUUGUUUGUUUGUUUCUUCAGUUUAUUACGUAAUCGAUACGUAAGAAUUCUUUAACAGGGUUUCCGUAGCGGCCUUUUUCAAGGAGUAAAACAAUGAUGAAAAUAUUUCUAUGAGAUUGGAAAAUAAUUUCCCAAAAGGAAAUGGUUUAGUCCUGGCUUACCGUGGCCGCGUGGCCGCUGCGAAAACAUUCUAUAAUCUGUUCUUUGAAUGGUGCUUAUACUUGACACGUUAUCUUUAGUUCGCAAAUCUGCUCUUAAGCAUGAAAAACGUAAUUUCAGGAAAAAAUCCUUAAAUCUUAAGGAUAAAUAUGGUUAAUUGACAAUUAAAAGUCGUGAAAUUCCAGUCCUUCACCUAUAAAUAUAAUUACAACGUAAAUAGAGAAGCUAUGAGAAGAACUUAGAACAGUGAAUUAUACCUUAAAAUAUACUUUAAUUCUGGAGGAUCCAUGACCAACUAUGGUCACUGCUAAGAAAUGAAUUAAAAGGGCCAUUCUUUGGUGUUUUCGUUUCUCUUUAGCCCUUGGGGGUCAAUGCGUCAUCUUUGGAAUCAUAUACGGCAAUCUCUUUGUUCUGCGGUUUCUCUGAUAUUCAUCCGCUGAUCAAGGAACAUUCUAUCCUGCGAGCAGAGGCUACAUUUUCGCGGUAUGAGCUGGCGUGCGGAAGUGCCAGCUCAUACCCCGAAAAUGUAGCCUCUGCUCACAGGGUAGGAACAUGCAGAUUUUGCAUGCAGAAUUUGAUAAAAAAAUUUUUUUUCACAUUUAUUUUCACGAAAAAAUUAUUUUAAUACCAUUAGAAUUGAAAUUACUUCUGAACGACAAAAUGAUAAAUUACAAAAAAAGAGACAUAUUAACUUUACUUCAAUUAAAGAAUCUCCGUACUGGCUGAACAACUUUCCGAAACAUCAUCCGUCUUAUGAAUCCGUCCUCAAUUUUGUCCGUCCUAUUUAUUUGCUUUCUUUUCUAAUUGUUUUCUUAUUUAUGUUUGGCUCAAUUUCUUUUGUUGCCUGUAUUUUUCGAUCAACUGACCAGCUGACCGCGGAAUUGACUAAAUUGUGUGGCAUUUGUGACAUUGCUAUCAUUUUCGUAUAUUUUUCUUUCUGGCCUUUUUCACAGAACAACGUUGAGAUCUUGCAGCACAGAACUUUACAAGAGCGUUGUCAGGCAGCUGAAAUGUUGAAAAAGUCUAGUGGAUGCUCGACUCCAAUCCUGGUUGAUACUAUGGAUAACGAAGCUACUCAAGCGUAUGGUGCCUACCCGGAGAGACUCUUCAUUAUACAAGAUAGAAAAAUCGUGUACGAGGGAGGAACAGGGCCGUAUAACUAUAGCUUAGGAGAGGUAAAAAAAUGGCUAGAGGUGUAUAAAGCUAGUCGAUAG